CGUGCUUCUCAUUCAUAAAUUCAAGAAGUUAGCAAUGUACAGCUUGAUAAGGUACACCGAACUAUAGAGCAUAGUAAAUCACCUUUGCUGAUUUUGAUCGGAAUUUUCAGUUUUUUGUUCACUACUGUAAAGAUCUAGAAAAAAGCUACACCGUACGUAUUCUAUAGUUAUAUUAAUGCUUUAUUAUAUUAGAUAAAAAGUUCGUUGAAAAGUUGUCGUCAUGACUUACCUGCUGAAGGAAGCAACAUUUACGCCACUACGUACCUAUUCUUUUGCAUUCUAAGGAAUACAGCGGUUUCGAUUUUUUUUUUUAUUGCCAAAUACACACAUGAGCACUUGUUCGGGAAAGCAGCGCUUGACAAAACUUACUUUUUCUCGUCGUUACAGCAUGCUCUUUGUAGUAUGUGAGCCGCCAUAUCUAUUAAUUCUUAUUAGAUCGGGUGUUCACGGAUAGACAGUGUCUCUCUAAAAACCAUGCACGCAACCACAUGCAAAGACGCACUGACAAAGGCUUGAAUCGUCUCUGUUCGUUUGCAGCGGACGCCAAGUUAGUUAUGACGUAUGAAAUCACCUUUUCCACAGCUAAGGGCUAUUGAAUCAAGAGAUGCCUACAGAACGCAGUAGGUAAUGGUAAGAUGUAUGAUAGCUGAUGGAUACAGACUUAGGCCACGUGUUUCCCCACGUGUGCUCCGUGUCCGCUUUACAGGUUCGUCCUCGAGCGGAAAGGUCUUUCACGUUGUACGACAAAUACGAAUCGACAUGCUAUCAAAGGCAUUCUUUCCGCUUGCUUUACCUGACGAGCAAUGGACACGGUGUGGUGGCUCCUGGAGGAGUCAACUCCAUACGGGGUACUUUUUUUCAACAAUGUCAUAUUCUCUUUGCUACGUAACAUUGAAUUAUUCGUUGUCAAGGAACGCUUCGUUAGAACUCGCGUUAUGCUUCAAGAGUUCACUGCAACAUUGGAACUCUGCGCAGACGUUGCAGAAUUGGGUAUCGUAUACGAACGGCACGGGAUGAUUGCAUACACCAUCUUCUUACUACUGUGGUGUCUCUGGUGGGGCAAACACUUUGGAGAUGCGGAAGCGUGCCCGAACGGUCCUGUAGAAGAUUUACUCUUUGGCUAUGGAGCUGGAGACUAUAAACCACGAAUACUCGGUCAGAUUCUCGGAGCCGUCGCAGCCGGAACAUACAUCCAACAGAUCUGGGGUCUGCAUCUGAUCGAACAGCAUAAAAUUAUGACCACCGAAGAGUGUCAGAGUAGUCUUAUGACGACCAUUGGCUGGGGUUUUCUGAUGGAGGCGUCUCUAUCCUGUGUGUCGCGCUUUUUCGUCCUGCGCUCUCUAUAUUGGACUGAAAAAACCUCGUUAUGGAUCAACUCAGUUGUGACUGUUAUCCUUUGUCUCGUCGGUCUCAAUUCUACUGGUGGAUACUUCAACGGUAUCUUGGCUUCAGCUCUUAUGUUUGGCUGUGGACCUCAUGGCUACUUUGAGCAUUUUGUUGUAUAUUGGUUGGGUAACCUCUUGGGCGGAUUUUUUGCAAGGUACCUCAACUAUAAGCUUGAUUGUUUUAUAGACAGGAUCUGUACACCGGAGACUAUCCUAAAUUCCGAUGAGAAGCCUAAGCAGAAGUAGAUCGCAUCCUCUUCCUGGCAGAUUGAGGGGAGGUCACGCUCAAUGUCUUUACCUUGUAAAUAUCUAGCAGGGGAUGUGGAAAACUUGUUAAUCCACUUGUUACUAUUGUCGCAUAUAACAUUAGGCAAGUGUGAUUGAAUUUUUGUAGGUCGUUACUUUGUUAGGCGUAAAGCAAGACCUUUUGUGAGAGCUAAUAAAUUAAUUAAAGCAAUAAACCUGUUAUGAUGUCAUU